UUUGGAGAGCUGCACCUUGAGGUAGGCAUGAAGUUCGGAACUAAAUGGGAAUUUAGAGAAGCUGUGAGAGAAUAUACAAUCCAAGAGGGAAGAAGCAUAAAGAUAGUGAAAAAUGAUAACAUUAGGUGCAGGGCGGUGUGUAAGGUGAAAGAGUGCCCAUGGGUGGCUUAUGCAUCUAGAGACCAUGAAGACACAUGUUGGCAAAUUAAGACAUUCAAUGAUGACCACACUUGCCCAAGAGAGGACAAGAAUAGGGCUGCCAACAGGAAUUGGGUAUGCAGCAAGCUUGUGAAGAAGGUAAGAAAGUAUCCAAAUUUUAGACACUACGAGGCUGCAACUUACUUCAAGACACGGUUUGACUUGACUCUGAAUAAAAACUCAAUAUCCAGGGCAUUAAUGGAUGCAAGAAGUGUAGUGUAUGGGGAUGAGAAAGAACAAUAUAGGAUGGUUAGGGAUUAUGGUAUGACGCUGUUGAAGACUAAUCCCGGUUCCACUGUACAAAUAUGCACCACCCCCCAACCAGAUGAAGAAGUUACCUUUGAAAGAAUGUAUAUAUGCUUAAGUGGCUGUAAAAACGGGUUCAAGGCUGGUUGCCGUCCUUUGAUAGGUCUGGAUGGUGCUUUCCUGAAGACCCGGUUUGGUGGACAGAUUUUGUCAGCCGUGGGGUUAGAUGCUAAUCAUCAUAUCUAUGUCAUAGCCUGGCUAUUGUCAGAGUGGAGAAUACAGAGACAUGGAGAUGGUUUCUCGAGCUACUUCAUCAGGACUUGGGGCAUUAUAAAGAGCAUGACUGGUGCUUCAUAUCGGAUAUGCAAAAGGGACUGAUAUCAGCAGUGAAAGCGGUGAUGCCUGAUGUGCAUCACCGUUUCUGCGUCUGGCAUUUAUGGAAAAAUUUCAACAAGAAAUGGAAGGAGUUACAGCUAAGGGGACUUCUGUGGGAAUGUGCAAGGACAACAACAUACCAAGAAUUCAGGGAUGGAAUGGAGAAGAUCAAAAGGUUAAACGAGGAUGCCUGGGCAUACUUAGAGAAGUGGCCUAUGGAUGCUUGGACCAGAAGUUUAUUCAGCCAUAAGCCGAAAUUGGAUAGCAUCUGUAACAACGCCUGUGAAGUGUUCAAUGCUAAGAUCAAGGAUGCACGAGCCAAACCCAUCAUAACAU